CUGGCUGAUCUCGGGACUGCAGGCUACGGGACUCCUCCUCCGGGCUUUUCAGUUCAGCGAAGGUUCAGGAGCGCGUAGCCUGCGCAACCAGUGUCUUGGGGUGCCAGGCGGGGUGAGAUCGCCUUCCGGUCCAGCUCCUUCUUUCGUUCUGCUGGAGCCUUUUCUCCGCAGAAGUAACGCUGGCUUCGGAGGACAGGAUUCCGGGAAGGGAGGAAGAGACCGCCCGUCAGCGAGCCCCACAGAGAGAGGCAGAGGGAAGGAGAGUGCGCGAUAGCGAUGGGAGCUAAGUGCAGGCUGCUAACUUAGUCUGGAUCCAGGUCUCUCAGCUUGAUGAUGGUGCCAUCAAUGUACACAAUACUUUACUGAAUAAGGCUCGAGCUGUCUUAGGUGGCAGCGGCCCCACUCCCGGACAGAGUUUGGAAGAGGGGUUUUUAAGGAGUGUGUUGUGAAUAGGAAGGUUCCUUCUGAUUGUGGACUGGGAAAUGCUUUUAGUUGACAUGUCAGUUUUGGAUUCCAGUAGAGUAAGGGGAAGAGGACAGACAGUAAUGGAGUAUAUGAGCACUGAUAGUGACAAUAAAGAGGAGAUUGACUUACUGUUAACAGACUUAAAUGUGUCUGAAGUGAUCGACAUCAUGGAGAACCUUUACCCAAAUGGAGACCUGGCAGUUUACAAAGACAGCCUCCUCGGUCUGUGUCCGGAGACUAACAAAAAUGAGGAGCGUGCGGAAUCCAUACUGUUCAGUGGAAGGGAAGUUUCGUUGUUGUCAUCUGUCAAGUACGGGACCGUGGAAGAUUUGCUUGCUUUUGCCAAUCAGGUGUCCAACACCGCAAAGCAAAUUUGCCGGCCCAGAAGACAAGAGUCUGGAAUCAUAUUAAAUAUGAUCAGUCCCAAAAAUGGGCGCUAUCAGAUUGACUCAGAUGUGUUCCUCUUUCCGUGGAAGCUAACCUACAGAAAUAUUGGGACUGACUUUAUUCCACGAGGAGCUUUUGGGAAAGUAUACUUGGCACAAGAUACAGAAACCAAAAAGCGAAUGGCUUGCAAACUGGUCCCGGUGGAACAGUUUAAGCCAUCAGAUGUUGAAAUCCAGGCCUGCUUCCGCCAUGAGAAUAUUGCUGAACUUUAUGGAGCCAUUUUGUGGGACAAAACAAUCCACCUCUUCAUGGAAGCAGGAGAAGGAGGCUCUGUCCUGGAGAAGGUGGAAAGCUGUGGGCCUAUGAGAGAAUUUGAAAUCAUUUGGGUGACGAAGCAUAUCCUCAAAGGGCUUGAGUUUCUUCACUCAAAGGGAGUUAUACAUCAAGAUAUAAAACCCAGCAACAUUGUUUUCAUGUCAACCAAAGCAGUUCUCGUGGAUUUCGGUCUCAGUGUUCAAAUGACGGAAGAUGUAUACUAUCCCAAAGACCUCAGAGGAACAGAGAUUUAUAUGAGCCCAGAAGUGAUACUCUGCCGGGGCCACACUACAAAAGCCGACAUCUAUAGCCUGGGAGCAACCAUCAUUCACAUGCAGACUGGCAUCCCACCGUGGGUGAAUCGAUACCCUCGCGCAGCAUACCCCUCCUACCUCUAUAUAAUCCAUAAACAAGCACCACCUCUGGAAGACAUCUCUGAAGACUGCAGUGCUGGCAUAAGAAAGUUACUUGAAGCCGCCUUGGAAAGGAACCCAAACCAGAGACCCUCUGCUACAGAGCUACUUAAACAUGAGGCCUUGCAUCCACCAAGGGAAGAACAGCCUCGGUGUCAGAGCCUGGACUCUGCUCUCUUUGAAAGGAAAAGGCUGCUGACAAGGAAGGAGCUGGAACUGCCAGAAAACAUUGCUGAUUCUUCCAGUCUUGGGAUUACCGAGGAAUCAGAACUGCUAAAGAGACAACGGUCAUUGUAUAUAGACAUUGGAGCACUGGCUGGCUACUUUAACAUUGUCCGGGGACCAACAACACUAGAUUACGAAUAAAUAUGAGGAUCUCUUGUGCUGGACAAAAGGAGAUAAUUCCUCUUAUACAACUACUUUUGAAGAAGAGUGCAAUCUGCUUUAUCACUUGAAGGAUUUAUAAAGCUAACCUUCCGGGAGCUCUGACCAGUUUAUAUUCAGCAAAUAUAGGAAACAAAAACAACAAUAGAUUGUUUUGCAGCUAGCCAACAAAAACAACAUUAGAUUGUUUGUUUUGCAGAAAAUAUUGCUGGUAUAUGAUGUGCGUCUUGUAUAUACACAUCAUUUGAAUAAUGUUCAGUCUGUAUAAAUGUAAAAACGCAUGUGUGUAAUAUGCAUUAGGGGGUGGGGGAGAAAGACCUGAUUGGAUCAGAAUAGUUAAGCUAAGCUGCACUUGGACCCUCAUUAAGACUCCUCAAAGUCUUCUAGUUAAUAAUUGUCAUGAUGCAUGUUGGAUUGGCUCUACAGCUUUGUCUAAAUAGAGCCUGCUUCCGAGAGCUGUGCGGCUUUUUAUAGAGCUGCGCUGGCUGUGAUGACUCCUUCCACUUUGCAAGUUCUGGGGUUAUAACAGGAGCAAAGAACCUUUGGCUCUCCAGAUGUCACGGAACUGCAACUACCAUCAGCCCGAGCAAGCAUGACCAACAGCCAGGGAUGAUGGGAGUUAUAGUUCAGCAAGAGCUGGAGGCCCAAAGGUUCCCCGCUCCUAGAUUAUAGUAUUGGGCUGGCUUCCCUGAAGGCCUGGAGCAUUGUUGGUUGGGGUGCUCACCCUUUUCUGCCCCCUCUCUCAUCCUGCUAAUUAUUGCUUGGAUCAAGAGGCAGCUCAGUGACCCACAAAUCAGCACAGCGUGAGCAUCUCUGCUCAUCUCCACCCAACCGCCCACUUGUUUUGCCGAUGGCUUGUUUUGGAUAACAAGGAAGGCAACUCCCUACCUAUUGUCCCCUCCUGUUACCUCCCUUGGGUUCUUUGACAUACUUCCAAGGCUCUCCUGGCGUUGCUGAUUUGAUCUUCUUGCUAUUAGGCUGAGAACUUGCCAGCCUGGGCAAAUCAUCUGUGCUUUUGUUGCCCUAUGUACAUGUAGGAAUACUCAGGGUUUUGUGUUGUUUUUUCCUUCAGCUAAGCUGGGACACUGACAAAAUUUUGAAAACCCUGGUACAUGGGCCAAGAACACUGGGUUGGAUCCAGACUAAGAUAGCUGAAAUUAAUGGGAGUCAGUACAAGUCAUCAUGUCUGAGUUGUUCCAUUGAUUUCAGUGGGAACUAAAGCUGCAAUCCUAACCCCAUUUACCUGGGAGUAAGCCCCACUGAAAUCAACAGUACUUAUUUGAGUAGACAUAGUUAGGAUUGUGCUGCAAGGUCAACUAACUUACAGUGCAAUCCUAACCAUGUUUACUCAGAGGUAAGUCCCACUAAGUUCAGUAGGAGUUGCUCCCUAGUUAGAUGUCAAAAAAUAGCUGUGGAGCCUUCUAAGUAUUUAUCACUGGCUGGUUGACUCCAGUGGUUUUAGAGCAGACUCUUAGAAUUGGAAACCAGAAAGCGACUUGUAGCUAUAGGCAUAUCUCAUAAGGUUUGUAAAUGGUAGGGUGCAGUCGAGAAAGCACUUGCAUUUUAACUGACAGUGCAAUCCUGUACAUGUCUACUCAGAAAUAAGCACCACUGAGUUCAAUGGGGCUUAUUCUGUCUGUGAUUGCUGCCUGAAUUAGGCAUACUGGGUUCAGUUUUCCAGAAGGUUUUCUUGCACAAAGCUCAUUGAAAUGAAUGGGAGAUGUGCAAGAGCAGUCGUGCUAACUUACGCAGUUUGUACAUCCAAAGAAAAGAGUAACGGUAAACAUGAGCCACUUGAUGUAUAAUGUUGGUAUUAGAAUAUUGCAGCGUGGUAGGGAAUUUAUGCCAGGUCUGAUGGUAAUUUAAUUUAUGGCUGUGGGGCUCCAUGUUUGUUGAAAUAAACAUGUGUUUGAAUGCCAUGAAUUAUAUCUUAUUUUUUGUUCCUAUGGAAAAAGACUUCCUUUUCUCUUGAAGAUGUUGAAUACAUUUUAAAGUGAUGUUUUAGAUGGCAGUAAAACUGUUUCAAGAACAUAGUUUGGUACAUCCCAUGGGAUGAAUAUGUAAACUUUUAUAAAACAGUACUAAGGAUUGGUGUCUCUUUUAAGCAUCUGUUUUUUGAAGAUGGUAUACUAUGUAUUUUGUAAAUAGAACUGUUCAUGAAAUGUUAUCUGUUUUAAAGUUUAUAUUUAAGACUUUUUGUAUACACAAUAUAUUUGCAUUAAUUUCUUCCACUCC